GGUUUGACACAGCUCAAGAAUGGAGGCGUGUGUGUGUGAAAAAUUGUAUGUUUAUGCGAAGACUGAAUAGACACAUAGGCCUAAAUAAAAACGGGGUCAGCGGCAGCAAAGGAGGACACCUCCGAGUCACAUCGUCGACCCUCGCCCUUCUCCGGUGACUCCCAUGUCUCUCUCCGGUGUGGGUCUAACCCAAAAAAUCCGUCAUCCAACAAUGGGCUGCGGGAGAUCGGCUAAACUCGGAGAAUCCCCUUGCAGCUGUUCCGGGAGCCGAGGAUAGGACCAAGGCAUCGGGCCGAGUCAAUGAGGGUGGCCUGUACGCUUUUGUCCUGCGUCUCUCGGGCCGGUGUCUGGCAGGCAGCCGUGCACAGUGCGGUAAUGCGGUCGGAGUAGAAAAUACAGGCCCCCCAGGAGCACUUUAAAUGUUGAAACUCAGGCGUUGCCAGAAAUUGUGGUAGUGAAUCGAUCUCUUUAUAGUUCCGCUGAGCGGAUGGAGUGAAAAGGGGAGAGAGAUAGACUGCAGCUUGGUUGCGUGUGAUGAUAGGAGACACAAUGACGCUCUUGUCUCUUCUGGGUCGGAUCAUGCGCUAUUUUCUCCUCAGGCCUGAGACAUUGUUUCUGUUGUGCAUCAGUCUGGCGCUGUGGAGCUAUUUCUUUCACACGGACGAGGUGAAAACCAUCGUCAAGUCCAGCCGGGACGCCGUGAAGAUGGUGAAGGGGAAAGUGGCUGAGAUGAUGCAGAAUGACCGGCUGGGAGGCCUCAGUGUCCUGGACGCAGAGUUCUCCAAAACCUGGGAGUUCAAGAAUAACAACGUCGCCGUGUACUCCAUACAGGGGAGGCGAGAUCACAUGGAGGACCGCUUCGAGGUGCUCACCGACAUCUCCAACAAGACCCACCCGUCCAUAUUCGGGAUAUUUGACGGCCACGGUGGAGAGGCUGCAGCAGACUAUGUGAAGGCCCACCUACCAGAAACCCUGAAGCAGCAGCUGCAGUCCUUUGAGAGAGAGAAGAGAGAGAGCGCUCUCUCUUACGCCAGCAUCCUCGAGCAGCGCAUCCUGACUGUGGAUCGUGAGAUGCUGGACAAGCUCUCUGCCAACCACGAUGAAGCAGGAACGACAUGUCUUGUAGCGCUGCUGUCGGACCGAGAACUCACAGUGGCCAAUGUUGGAGACUCUCGUGGCGUGUUGUGUGACAAAGAUGGGAAUGCUGUAGCACUAUCACAUGACCACAAGCCAUAUCAGCUCAAAGAGCGCAAGAGGAUCAAGAGGGCAGGAGGUUUUAUCAGUUUUAAUGGAUCCUGGAGAGUCCAGGGAAUCCUGGCUAUGUCCCGCUCUCUAGGGGACUACCCGCUGAAGAACCUCAACGUAGUCAUCCCCGACCCUGAUAUCAUGACCUUUGACUUGGACAAACUGCAGCCAGAGUUCAUGAUCCUGGCAUCAGAUGGCCUGUGGGACGCUUUCAGCAACGAGGAGGCCGUCCGGUUCGUCCGCGAGCGCCUGGACGAGCCUCACUUUGGUGCCAAGAGCAUCGUCCUCCAGUCUUUCUACCGCGGCUGCCCCGACAACAUCACUGUCAUGGUGGUGAAGUUCAAAAGUGGAGCUGGGGGGAGUAGCAAGGCGGGGGGUGCAGUAGGGCACGGUCAUGUUUAGAGCUCACAUUGUGAUCAAUGUUUUCUAAGAUUUUCCCCAUCUUCUGGAUGGAGCACCUAGUGUGAUAUCACAGGAGGGCAGGGAGAAUUUAAAGUGUGGACACUGAGGACUGUACUUUUGAUAAACGCACACACAUAAAGACACACACACAAAAAUUCGGGUUUUGUUUUGUUUGUAAGUUUCUGAUUGAGAUAAGGGCAUUUAAACACAAUCUCAUAACCAUCAUGCUUAAUGAUGAAUACUUUAAAAUACUGAACAAACAAUGGGGAUGCAUAAACACAAGACAGCCAGACACCAAACAGGGGAUUUCCUCUUAACCAGCACACAUUAGACUGUGAUUGAUUUUACUACUGUUUACUGCACAUGCACGUUAAUGGUACAGCUCCACUGGAGGCUUCUUCAGAGGAGGCUUCAACUAGUGCCUACUCAAGAAUUACUGUGCAACUACAGGAAGCUAACUGACAAUGAAUCUGCGAAAACACCACCCUGCUUGCUGCAUUUUGAUGAUGCGCUUAAAUAUUGUAUGCGUUUGUUGACCUGGAGAAUGUUCUCAAAUAUAAAAAGACUCCAGUGCAUCCAUACCUGUUUAUUUAACUUGAAAUGAUGCUACGCCUAAAUUUGAACUUUUUGAGAUUCAAACACUCCCCUGUAGACAUGAGAGGUAACUGUCAACAAUUUGUAGUUUCAUGGCCUCAUUUCAUACUCCUUACAAUCUAAAGCCAGCGGUCAUCACGAUGGGAAAAAAGUAGCAUAAAUAUGGAGUUAGCAGGAGCUCUGAUUGGCUGGCUUCUAUGUGUUGGCAGGACUCUGACCCAUCACAGCUCCAACUACUGCUACUACUACUGUGGGUUGGAUUUCAUUUAAUCUUUACGUGGCCCACCACUUACACAUCUUUAAAUUAAAGAGAUCACAAAAUGGAAACUACAAUUGUUUUUAAUUGUAAUUGUUUAAUCAGGAAACUAAUGACUUGCGAGAGGGAAUAUGAAAGGCAGACACCUAAAUAAUUGGAAUAAAUGUUACAUAUAAAAGCCUUUUGUAAAACAAACGUCGUGAUUCCAUUUUAAAAUGUAUACAAAUGCACCAUUUAAAGGUGGAUUAUUGAAAUAGAAUUAGUAAUGGUCUAAUUUAAUGAUCUUUUUUAUUAUUUUUACUUUUAUAAGGCAUACUUUUAAUGUUGAUUUAAUGAAUCAAAUUAUAAUAGUUUUUUUGUUGUAGUUGAUCAAUGUAUUAAUUGUUGUAAUAAUUAGUAAUAAUGAAACAGUUUAACAUGGCUAAAUACAUAACUUGUUAAAUAUACAUCUUCUGUUGAUUUGUGCACAUUUGGUCAGGAUAACUAGCUGUUUUAAGGAUGGAUGUAACUGUUAGACAUUUGCGUGAGCCAACCAGUAGACUACAUUUAAACCAAUGAAUGAGCAGAAGGUGGCUAGCCAGUGAGCCACGAAAGAGUAGUCUCAGAAGUUUCUAUGGAUAUUUUCAAAUUUCUUCACUGUAAAGAAUGGUCACCAUUGGAAUCCUUUACUAUAGCCACUCUUGUCUUUGAAGCCUGAAACUAAGCAAAAUUUUACAGCCACUUUUCAAGUGUUCAGAAGGUUAGUGAUGCUCAAGAAAUGCUUUUGGGUUAACACACACACACACACACACACACACACACAGAGAACAAAAUGCACUUUUAAGAUGUUUUUAUUAUUUGGAAUGGUAAAUUCUCACAUAUCAGCCAGUGUAAACUCUCAAUAUCCUCCUAACACGAGGGUUUCAAUGUAUGUAGAACCUGAUUUAGUUCCUAACCUUUCCCCUUUUGGUACUGCAAUUUUGUGGAGCUCAUGUAAACUGUUCCGUCAAAGUUGUUUUACACCAUCUGCAUCAGGGCAUGUGCUUUGGCUUAUCCAUGUUUGUGUAUGUCUCCAUGGACACUGGUGGCUGCCUUUGACCUGGGAAGCACACGAAACAGACUUCCACACCUCUGCUGCUAAAAGAUGACUCAUCAUGAGCUGUGCUGCUGCGGCCUGAAUGCCAGUAGCUUGUAAUAUGACAUGAGCAAUGCAACUGGUGUCAUGGACAGCAGCAACCUGUCAAGGAAAGUUACAGUAAACCAUACAUGAUUUACUACUGUUUUAUGUUCUACUACUUUUUACCACUGUGUUUCAUGACUUUUUGCAUCAGCUGAGAGAAGCUUUUUGUAUUUUAUUUUUUCCUCCAUUUAACAGUUUACCUAAUGCCUUAUUUAUUGUUUUUGGACUAAUACGUUUUUGGAUGCGUCUGGCGGUGUGCCAGUAUAUAAUUUUUUUGUUCUUCUGCACAUGAGCAGAAGUUUACAAUCAAUUAGAUACCCAUCACUUUCAUGUUGAGAAGUAGUCCUUGAUACACACAUGUUGAGCGGUUGCUCAGUGUAAAAGAAAAGAAAACAGUGUAAAGACAUUCUGUAUGUAAACUAUCAGUAUUAAACAAACUCUUUCAUCUUAAA